CACCGGACCACCAGGCGGAGUAGCAGGCACCGGACCACCAGGCGGAGUAGCAGGCACCGGGCCACCAGGCAGGGAGGCAGGCACCGGGCCCCCAGGCAGGGCGGCAGACACCGGGCCACCAGGCGGAGCGGCAGGCACCGGGCCCCCAGGCAGGGCGGCAGGCACCGGGCCCCAGGCGGAGCGGCAGGCAUCGGGCCCCCAGGCGGAGCGGCGGUCACCGAAUCAUCUGGCAAGAGAGCGGGCACCGAGUCAUCUGGCAAGACCGCGGGCACCGAGUCAUCUGGCAAGACCGCGGGCCCCGAGUCAUCAGGCACGACAGUGAGCUUUGAGUCAACCGGCACGACAGCGGGCUCCGAAUCAACUGGCACAACAGCGGGCACCAGGUCAUCAGGUACGACAGCGGGCACCGGGUCAUCAGACAUUGGAUCGUCUUGCUCGACAGCGGGCACCGGGUCAUCUGGCUCAACAGCGGGCAUCGGGUCACCAGGCACG